CAUUCCUCCGUCAGAGAGAAACGCCUGAUGACCUCCGACACGCGUGGAGCAAGCAGGACCAAAACUCCCGCAGCACUCUACAGCCAUGAGGGGAUCUUUUUCUAUCGAGUGGAUGGCCCAGAGCAGCCAGCAGCCUACAGUGGGUGCGGAGAACGCCUCGGCCUCUGGACCUGGACCUGGACCUGGACCGGGACCUGGGCCGGGACCGGCUGCCUGUGGGACCCACACAGAGAGUCUGCCGGGUUUUUACGGCAGACAGAAGUGUGAAAAUGUCCCAGAGCACAAAGAAAGCAGGAGCCAGGGCCUCGGCGCUUUCAGUCUGAGCGCUCGGCAGCUCCAAACCUCCCUUAAUAAUCCAGCGACUGAAGCGGGCUUCAGCAGCGGGACAGAGGAGGAGACGUCCGGCUACGAGAGCGAAGAGGGUCUCUCCCUCUCCCUCUCCCCCUCGGCCCCCUCCCCCUCCCCCUCACCUCCUUCCCCUCCGUCGGGGCGGAGGCCUCGCACGGCGUUCACGGCGGAGCAGAUCAGCAGUCUGGAGAAAGCCUUCAAGAGGAACGCUUACCUGGGAACGCAAGACAAGGCCGACCUCUGCAAGAAGCUCGACCUGUCGGACAAACAGAUCAGGAACUGGUUCCAGAACAGGCGGAUGAAGCUGAAGAGGACGGUGCAGGACGCCCUGGCGCACGCCUGCCAGGCGAGCGUGGCCUCUCAGUUGAUGCACUACCCCGAGCUGCAGGCCUACAGGCCGGGGCCGUACGCCAGGUACCACUCAGCGGCGCCGCAGGACGGCCCGGCCGCUGCCUCCUACCUCCACCCACACGGCCUGCAGUACGGCUCCGCUCGGCCCAGCGUGGCCCCUCUGCCCCUGGACUCGUUCUACCAGUACGCCGGAGUCAACACGACGCCACUCCUACCCGGAGCAUACCCGGCUUACCCUCAGUAUUACUGACACUCAACUCGCCAUUCCAUUUUAGGUUCACGAUACGAUUUUAAGUUCACGAUACGUAACAAAAAAAAAG